AUGAUUUCAAGGAAAGAAACAUCAUUAUCUCAAAAUAAAGAAAAAGAUGAAAAGCAUGGUAAAUUGAUGAAGCAACCCUCCUCAUUUUUUAAAUCUUUCAAUUCCUCUAAAAAGGGAGUGAAAGAUGGAGAAGACUUUUAGUUUUUUGUUCGUAAUUAAGAUUGCAGCUUUUACACCAUAUUUUAUAUGCUUGUUAACUUUUCAAAAGUAGAAGAAGACCAAAAAAAGAAAGGAUUCUCCUUAUUAACCAACAGCAAACCUUUAAUGAAUAUGGAAACAUAUAAUGAUAUAAGUGUGCUUCAUCCGGAACUUAUAUAUUUUUUUUCCGUUAUUUCAGUGAGGGAUUUACAUGAUUUCUACAUUGAUUUUUAUGCAUCUUUUGAUGCAAACAAAAAUUUUACAUUAGAAAGGAAAGAACUGACGAAAAUGUUCACCAUUGUCCUUGAUUUCUUGGGACAUAAGAAAUUUAAAGUGUUUAGUGAUAGAACUUUAAUUGAAGCAGAUGCUUUUGAAGGUAAAUUAACAUAAAAAUAAAUUGAUGACAUUUCCGAGAAUUUUUUGUUGCCAGAAGACCAAAGCAAAGUUGAUUACUUACUUAUUUUCCCAUAUAUUUUAAGUUUUUAUUUAGAAUACUCCUAUUAAGAAAUUAAGAAUAAAUAAAAACGUUUAGAGAUUAUAAAAGGGAUUGAAACCAUUAAAGGAAAAGAAGUAGAAAUAAAGAAUAUAACCAGUCUGAUUUCUAUUUUAAAAGAAAUGGGAAUUGAUUAUUUCAAAGAAAAAAAUACUUAUAAAUUAUCUUAUCGAGACGUUGAAAAUAUCCUUUUAAAGUUUAAAAACAUUCAAAAAUGGAUGACCUUUGAUGUUAUUUAAUAAAUUUUAUAAUCAUUAAGUAAAAUAAUGCAAGUAGAUGCAAAAACAUAAGAAGAAACAAAAAAAAUCAAAGUUCACAAAAUUAUUGAUUUUCUAGCACUCAAAUUAUGUGUUCAUCAAAAUUGUUUAAAAAUCAAAUAACAAAAAAAUAAUGUAAAUCAAUCAGUUUUUUUAGAAAUAUUGAUUUUAUGGAAUUGUGCAUAGUACUCUUAAUGGGCAUCUGAAAAAUACUUCACCUAAAAAUUCUAAAAAUACCUGAAUUCUCACUAUUACGGAUAGUAAUCUUUUAGUAGAACUGAAUUAUAAAGAUGCUUAGAAGGCUUUUUUAAGAAAUUUUUUUAAUUAAUGCCGAAGCAAUAAAUUUAUAAAAUAAUUUAGUGUCAUUAAUUAUUUACUGAUGAAAAUAUUGUAAGAAAUCAGAAAAUAGAAAGGGAAGAUUUAAUCUAAUCUUUGUAUUCUAUGGUUUGCUAAGAAGGAUUUAAGAAACUAAAAUAAUAUGUUAAAAUAAAAUUUGACGGCAUUAUCAAAAGCACAGGCAAUACUGUAUAAUAUUCAAAUUAUGGAAAAAUAAUUGAUUAAGAAAGCGUACAGGGAGGAAUAUCAUCAUAAAGACAAUUAUUAGAAUAAUCGUAAUAACAAAAUUAGAAUACUACUAAUAAAGUAUAACAAAAAGAGAAAAAAGAAGAAGAAAGUGAAAAAAGUGAAUCAAGUGAAGAGGAAACUAAAAAUGUAAAAGUAACUCAAAAGUUUAAAACAGCGGUGAGAGCCAUUUAAUCAGGAAAUGCCUUUAUUUAAGAAAAAAAAGAAGGAAAGGAUAUUUUAAAAGCAUGUUUAAUUAUGGAUAGUUUCUUAAAAAGAUAAACAUAAAGAAUCAAAAGUCAUUGUAAAGAAACUAAAUCCCUAAAUUCUUCUUUCAUUAAACAAGACCUCUCCAGAAUAGAAACUUAAUAAAAUUAAUUGGAAAAUAAUGACUAAAGUUUGAUUUUUGAUCCUUCUGCAUAAAUUAAUCAAAAAAGAAAAGAACAAAAGCAAAGUGAAUUUUGCGGAACCAAAAAAGAGAAAGAAAAAAAAGGAUGGGAAAUAAGUAACAAUUAGGUUUAAAAGACAGAAAACACUGAAGUUAUAGAAAUACUUCCAAGUUAAGAUAAAGCUAAAGUUGAAUAAAACCAGGAUUUAGUUUUUACUGAAUCAAAGAACAAGCACAAAGAUAGAAAUUAAAUUUCAAAUGAAUUGUAAAUGAUCUUAGGUAAAUCAAAUGAUGAGUUUGGCCCAAAUAAUUUUAAGAAAGCAAUUAGGUUACAGUCUACCGUGGAAGCUUCAUAAUCAGCAAGGCCAUUUAUAAAAUAAAGCGAGUAAUAAGAUAAUUUAGUGAUAAUUGAUGAAACUGCAUUAGAAUAAAUGAUUAAAAGCAAUUAAAAUAAAACAAAAGUAAAAAGCAAGACCUAAAAUCGUAAAUCAACUCGGGAUGAUUGUUAAUGCAGAGUAUUUUGA